AUGGCUUCGGUAACUUCUCUUGACAAAGACCUACGCAACAUGCGCCUAUCCCGCUAUACCCCGCAGGCAGCCGCGGAGGUGCGCGAUUGGAUUGAGGAGAUGCUGCGCGAGAAACUACCAUCCAGCGACCUACUGGAAGGCUUGAAGGAUGGGACCGCUCUCUGCAAGCUGGUCAAUAUGGCCGUGUCACCCGGCGUGAGGUACAAGCAGUCUUCGAUGCCUUUUGUACAGAUGGAGAAUAUCUCGCAUUUCCUGCGCGCAUGCCAAAUGCCGCCUCUCAGCCUUCCCCCGCAUGACGUCUUCCUGACCGUGGAUCUCUACGAAGCCAAGGACCCUGCGCAAGUCCUCCAGUGUCUCGCUGCAUUUAGUCGACGGGCAAACGCCCUCCAGCCAAGCAAAUUCCCCCGAGCAGUUGGUCCCCAGAGCAAGCGGAACAUGGUCAGCCCGAAUGCGACAGGCUCGUCAAGCUCGGGGUUGUACAAUCGAUCCGGUCGUGCGUCCAGCAAUGUCAGUGACACUGAGAGAACUGGGUCUAUGAGCUCCUGGAGUAAGAAGGGAGACGAAUCUUCGACUUCACCAGCCUGGAACAUUCAUCAAUACGGAUAUAUGGGUGGAGCUAGUCAGGGCAAUCAAGGAAUUGCAUUUGGCGCUCGCCGACAAAUCACGUCUUCGUCUCCUGCUGUCCCCAGUCUUGCCGAUAAAGAGAAGCGCAGACGAGAGGAGGAAGACCGAAUUCGCCAGCAAGAAGCUGAAAGGGAGGAAGCUGCACAUGCGCACCAACGGGAGAUUGAAGAGCAGGAGGCUCAAGCUAAGGCCGAGGAAGAGCGGCGGUGGGAGGAGGAAACGGCUCGUGAGAGGGAGAAGGAGCGCCGUGAGAUGGAAGAGGAGAAGAGGAGUUGGGAGGCAGAGAAGCGUCAAUGGGAAGUCGAGGAGCAGCGCCGAGCUGCUGAGGAGAAGGAAGCCGAGGAGCGCUUUGAACAAGAGCGUCAAGACCGGAAACGAGCCAGCGAUGCUCGUCUCAACGGCCAAUUCCUCAGCCAAUACCAGGCUGGUCAGGUUUCUGCUGCUUCUCCCGAGCCAGUCGGAGAGACAGCAGAGAGCCGCCGCAUUAAAGAACUUGAGCGUGAACUUGAGCUUGCCAAGCAACGUGAGCGUCAAUACGAGACUGAAAGGCAGGGAAUUCAAGACCAGAAGAGUGGUGAUGCUGCAGCGCGCAUCUCUAGCCGCCCUAACCGUCCCGUGCCCGUUCCUCCAAAGCCCAGCUAUGAUCUCUCUUCUCUUGAGCAAGAGCGCCGCAUGCUCGCCGGAGAGUGGAUCAAGAAUCAGGAUAUGCCAGCCACACAGGAAGAAUCCGAGCAAGCUGAACAAGCGCCACCUCCUCCUCGCCGUCCGCUCCCAGAGCCCGUUAGGUCAUCUCAACCAACGCCGCCAGUCAGAGACCUUCCGCCCGCUCCGCGUCCCCUCCCCAACCCUGUAGCCUACUCUGUCAAUGGCGAUCCGAACCGUGUGGACCGCUACCUCUCGUCUAACCCUGCUCCCACAGCUCCACCCCCUGCCACCCACCGUGUUCAAGACUACUCCACAACCUCCGAAGUUGACGCCGAGAACAGCCGCCGUUUCGCCUCCCAGCAAAAGACCAAAGCCGGUGGCUGGGCAUCAAAGUCCCUCCUGGAACGCGAGAUGGAGCGUGAGCGUGAGCGCCAGCGCGAAUGGGAAGAGAACCAGAAGCAAACCCAAGCCGCCGCAGACCACGGCUUGACCGACACCACCUCCGGCACGGGCCCAGGCCAGUCCUGGGACGUCCACCAGUAUGGCUACAUGGGCGGUGAUAACCAGAAUCGCGGUGGCCAUGGCCUGGGUAUUGGAGGUGCCAGGCGCCAGAUCAUCGGGCCUCGACCUCCGCCUUAA